AUGAAGGUCACGAUCGCAGCCAACAUCCUGGUUUUAGCGGCCGCCACCGGGGUCUGGGGUCUUGACUGUAAUGGCAACGCCGCACUAUGCGACCGCAAGUACAGCAAUGUCAGCUUCAUUGGGGCCCACGACUCGCCCUUUGUGGGUAUCCUACCAACGCAGAACCAGCUCCAGGACGUGACAGCGCAGUUGAAUCAAGGCGUACGCUACCUCACAGCACAGACUCACGACAAGGACGGCGCCAUCCAGUUGUGCCAUACCUCGUGCGCGCUGCUCGACGUCGGGAUCUUGCAGGACUACCUGGCCGACAUCAAGACGUGGCUCGACGGCAACGCGAACGAGGUGGUGACACUCUUGGUCACCAACGGGGACGCGAUCGAUAUUACCAAGUUUGGCGAUGUCUUCUCAGCUGCCGGACUCGCCUCUUAUGCGUACACACCCGGUGCCGAUCUGGCUCUGGCCGACUGGCCAACUUUGGGCACACUCAUCGCUGCCGGAUCGAGGCUUGUGGUCUUCAUGGAUUAUCAUGCGGAUACGUCAAAGGUCGGAUAUAUUUUGGACGAGUUCAAGUACUAUUUUGAAACACCAUUUGAUCCCACAGAUGCCAGCUUUCCUCAGUGUGAUGUGGACAGGCCGUCUGGCGCAUCAGCUGAUGGGCGCAUGUUCAUUGUCAACCACAAUCUCAACCUGGAGCUUUUGCCAGAUGUACUGAUCCCUAACCUGGCCGAGGCGGGAACAACGAAUUCGCUAUCUUCGAUCCUGGCACAAUCGGAUAUUUGCAUCAGCAAGUACCAAAGAGAUCCAAAUGUUGUUCUACUCGACUAUACUAGUAUAGGAGAUGGAAUUGCCGCUCAAAAUGAGCUCAACGGUAUAUAA